CCCAUUUGUGAGAAGGAGAUCCCAUCACGCUCAAAUGUGCUUGUGGGGCGCCAAUCUAAUCUCAUUUUGCUGGGUGCCCCACGGGCGACAUUACGAAGUCAACCUAUUUCUCUUUAGAAUUUGGUAUUAUAAGUCGCUUUGAUCUUCACGGGUUCUAUUCACCGUCAGAUUGGUAUCAGUCGGACGGCAUCCCGAUCAAUGCAAGGUAGAGCAUGGCCUUGUUUAGUUGAUUCCAAUCCGACGUGACAUUAGCACCAACUUCCUCAUUUUGGGAUUACUCCAAGUUUCAGCAGUUCAGCUCAGUUAAAAACUCACGGCGACGAUCUCCUUCCUCUCUGCUCUCUGAUCUCUCUCUCUCUCACACACACACAUACAGACAGACUUCCGCAAACAGCCUCUCUCUCUCUCUAAAGUCAAAUCGAUUAUGGGAUGUUGUGGAGACGAAGAAGAUGACAUAUUCAAGCAGCUCAUCCCCAACAACCCAACCUCCUCCGCCGAAGACUUGCCCCUACCCAUGGGAGAUCCCCAAACUUCCAACGGAACCCUGGGUACCUCCGGCGGUAUCUCCCCAGCCUCCACCGACGAUGUCGUCAUCUCUCCUAUGAACUCGAAUUUCACCGCCCUCAGUUGCAGUGACAUUCUCCGUAGCAUCUUUGUGCGCUUGCCGGUAUCGGACCUCGCUCGAGCUGCCUGUGUUUGCCGCCUCUGGAACUCGGUUGCCUCUGACCGAGAGAUUCAGACCAGAGCUUUCAAAACCCUAUGGAAAUUGAAGGACGUAAUUGGGAAUCCCAGUUCCAGGAGCUUCUGGCGUGAUAGCAGCCUUGGUCGUUUCGCCAUCUCUCACCGACUGGUCCGAGGAGAUACCGUCGCUAGCCUCGCUGUCAAAUAUUCCGUUCAGGUCAUGGACAUUAAACGCUUGAACAAUAUGAUGAGUGACCAUGGCAUAUAUUCAAGGGAGAGGUUGUUGAUCCCUAUAAGUAAACCAGAUCUUCUUGUAGAUAGCAUCUGCUACAUAGAGUUGGAUACUUGCGCAAAAAGAGAAGUUGCUGUGUUGUAUUUAGAAGGCAUUCCUGGUGGAAAGCUCACCCAUCUAUCAGAUAGGUCAGCUACAGAGAGAGGGAAGAGGAGGGUAGUCGACUCAUUGAGGAGAAGCAUGCAUGUUGAUGAUAGUACAGCUGAAUAUUACUUGUCUAUUUCAAAUGGUAAUCCUCGGAUUGCAUUUUCAGAGUUUGCUGCAGAUCUUAGGUGGGAGGAGCAGGCAAGAUUUUCCUAAAUAAUCAAUAUGCAAAAUGAAAUGUUUAAAUGCUGGGUCAAGUGAAGAAUGCUGAUUGGGAUUUUAUGGUACUUGGCUUGCUUUUUAUCCGAAGGAACAUGUACAUAAAUAAUGUCUCCCGAAUUUGAAACUGUAUAGCAUUUGAUGUUUAUCAUAUUUCAGUGGCCAUCUACCAGGAACCAAGCAAAAGCAAUACAUAGUCUGCACCUUUUGUCUCA